CCCACCAACUGUUGGGCUCCAAUGACGCCGCGGAGGCGGCCCCGUCCCCGCGCUCCCGCCGCUCCCGCCAGGGCAGCCCGGGAGGCCAGACGCUGGCGCUGCAGGGAGAGGGCGGUGGGCGCAUCCGCUAGGGGGCGCGGCGGGGCGGGGCGCACCUUUCGGCGGGCCGCGAGGAUGGCGGCGCAGGGCGUAGGGCCUGGGCCGGGGUCGGCGGCGCCCCCGGGGCUGGAGGCGGCCCGGCAGAAGCUGGCGCUGCGGCGGAAGAAGGUGCUGAGCACCGAGGAGAUGGAGCUGUACGAGCUGGCUCAGGCGGCGGGCGGCGGUAUCGACCCCGACGUGUUCAAGAUCCUGGUGGACCUGCUGAAGCUGAACGUGGCCCCCCUCGCCGUCUUCCAGAUGCUGAAGUCCAUGUGUGCCGGGCAGAGGCUAGCGAGCGAGCCCCAGGACCCUGCGGCCGUGUCUCUGCCCACGUCGAGCGUGCCCGAGACCCGAGGAACAGUAGCCCCCCUGCAAGGCCCUCGUUUUCCUCCAGCCCGCAGCCUGCGGCCUCUCCGGUUCUGCUCCGCAGCCCAGCUGCCACACACUCGCCUCUCUCUCCAGGCCCCCCGGGUUCCCUCCGCCUCUCUUGCUGCCUGUUCUCUCCUUUUGCAGGGAGAAAUAAAGGCAGCGCUGCCCUCGGGGGAGCAUUGGCCCUGGCGGAACGCAGCAGCCGCGAGGGAUCCAGCCAGAGGAUGCCACGGCAGCCCAGCGCUACCAGGCUGCCCAAGGGGGGCGGGCCUGGGAAGAGCCCUAUGCAGGGCAGCACCUAGGAUGGCGCAGAGACUUGUCACAUCUUUGUCCCCAGCAAAGGCUACGUGUUACCUCCUUCAGUUGAUAAUAAACCUUUCUGAGAUGCAGAGGGUCCAGUCCAUAGCCCCCCCUUCCUCAGGGCUCCAACCACAUCAUGCACAGAACUCAGCUGUAGCCCACAUCACACGGUGCUCUUCAGUCCAGCCACGCGUCCUUCAGCGGCUGGGAUACGUUCUCGACAAUGCAUCAUCAGGCUUGAGUGACAACUUGAGGACAAGGCGGUGCCUCGACAAGAUUUCACACAGCAGCUACGCGGGCCAGAGAAGCAGCACCACAUGGUGUGGCAGGAGAAGGAGGACAUGCACAAGCAAUUGGUUGAAGCUUCAGAGACAUUGAAAUCCCAAGCCAAAGAACUGAAAGAUGCCCAUCAGCAGCAAAAGCUGGCCCUGCAGGAGUUCUUGGAGCUCAAUGAGCUCAUGGCAGAGCUCUACUCCCAGAAGCAGAAGGUGUGGGACAAGGAGGAGGAGAUGGAAGUAGCCAUGCAGAAAGCUGACAUGAUGUGGCAGGAGAUCUGAAGAUCCAAGAAGCUCAGAAAGAGGAUGCUGUUUAGCCAGAUGCGGUGGCUCACGCCUGUAAUCCCAGCACUUUGGGAGGUCGAGGCGGGCGGAUGGCCUGAGGUCAAGAGUUUGAGACCAGCCUGGCCAACAUGGUGAAACCCCGUCUCUAUUAAAAAUGCAAAAAUUAACCAGGCAUGGUAUUGGGUGCCUGUAAUCCUAGCUACUUGGGAGGCUGAAGCAGGAGAAUUGCUUGAACCUGGGAGGCGGAGGUUGCAGUGAGCCAAGAUCAUGCCACUGCACUCCAGCCUGGGCAACAAGAGCAAAACUCUGUCUCAAAAAAAAAAGGUGGGGGGGGGAGGAAGCUAUUUAGAUAUUUCAGUGAUGGUAUUGACUGGACUUUUGUAUGACCUUAAUAAAACAUCUUUGAAAACUUG